ACUCUUUCCUAAAUUUUUCGAGUGGGUUUCACUUCGGAAUAAAGAUACUAAACUUUGAGAAGUUUUCGUGCAACCUACAUGGCGACGCCAGCUGAAGCCUUAGCAUUGGAGCAAAUAAGAAUGCAUCUUCUCGAAGAGUUUUCUACUAGAGAAAUUGCAUUUGCUACUGAUGUCGAAAAUCAAAGCAGCUCUAACAUAACUUUGUCGAUUUCUAACUCCCUGACUCUAUCGGAUUCACUUUGCUCUCAAUCUGCAAGCAAUGAAUCUCCGAUUUCUAUCUCUGAUUACUCCAAUAAUUUCUCCAAUUUUUCAAGCUCUCGAUCCUAUUUUUUCGAGCAAAAUCAAGUAAUAGAUUUCACAACACAAAAAGCUCUAAAUUCUAAUAAUCGGAAGCCUUCGCUAAAGAUCAAAUUUCCAGCCGUUGAGAAGCUUGAGUGGAUCGAUAUAUCAGAGUCAGCUCGGAAGCAGCACUCAGGCUCGGAGGAGAAUCGGCAUUAUAGAGGAGUCCGGCAGCGUCCUUGGGGCAAGUAUGCGGCUGAGAUCCGGGACCCCAAGCGGCGCGGCUCACGUAUCUGGUUGGGGACAUUCGAUACUGCCAUUGAGGCUGCAAAAGCCUACGACAAGGCGGCUUUUGAACUGCGCGGCAGCAAGGCGAUUGUGAAUUUCCCUUUGGAGAUACAAAGCAUGGAGUUUAGAUCAUGCGCCCCCAUGGAUGUCGGACGGAAGCGGUCCAGCAGAGGAGAGAGGCGAAGGAAGAAGCUGCACAACAACAUAAUUGUCAUUAGACGGAUACAUGAACGUAGAUUGAUGAUUAUCUUAGUACAAAUAUUGACUAAAUUUACAGGCAGACGCUCUCUAAUUGAAUUCACGAGACCUUUCGUUGAUUUCGAGGAAAGAAAAGAAACAAGGUAUGAGUGGGAUAUCAACGAGUUGAGUCGAGUCGAGUCGGCUCAGUCUCGGAUCGAGUAA